CUCCUCUUUCCCCUCCUCCAUCCUUCACUCUCGGGGAAAUUCCUACGCCAUGAGCGCCGAGCCAGGAAUGCCGGGUGAAUUGCCCGAUCGCAACGCCAGCGACGAGAGCCUCGACGCGGUCCAAGUCGACCAUGACGAGGCCACCGCCGAGAAUGAGACCGGCGCGCUGCAGACUAUCCCCAAGCGCAAGACGCCGUACAUGGCGUAUAAGCGAUCGAGCAAGGUUGAGGAGGAAGAGCUUGCCGAGGGCCUGUCAAAUGAGGAUCUCUGGAUGCUUAUUCGGCGGUUUAAUAAGCAAAUAUACUAUGUCAAAGCCACAGAGGAUACGACGCAGAGUGUGCUGGAUCUGAACCGCGCAGAUGACGAGCAGUUUCCGCCUGAGAAAUUGCGUAUGACCAUCGAGCGGUUUUACACCUCCGUCGUGGUGGGAGUUACGGAUCUGUUUAACCAUGUUGUGCGGUUGAGGUCGUGGAAGGAGCCGCGUCGGUCGGCGGCUUUUUGUGGGGUCUAUUUUCUCGCCUGGAUGGUGGACCUUCUUUCCCUGGUGUCUCUGGGUACUCUUAUAGGCCUGAUCUUGUUUCCAGGGCUCAGGCCGCUAAUGUUCCCCCCUGCGCCGACGUCUCAGGUGGACCCUAGCACGGGGGAUAUGAAGCCCACUGAGGAGCCAGGCUCGCGAGAUAGUAUCACCGGGGCGCCUGAGAAGUACAAGGGCGAGGCAGCAGAGCAGGAAGCAAAGAACUUUGUCAACAGUAUUGCGAACGUCGCGAUGGAGAGUGCGGCCGGGAAGUACGGUCAGGCUGUCAAGGAAGAUACGAGUGAACCGGCCCCAGAGCCUGAGAUUAUCGAUACUGCAACGACAGCGCCCGAUGCGCAGGGCGAGACUGGUCCGAUAGAAGAUAAAACCAAGCAGCCCAUGAAGAAGAAGGUGGGCAAGGCGACCGACCAAAUCAUGCGGAUUAUCAGCGAUGUGACGGAUGUGUAUGAACGAUUUGCGAAUGUUCUUUCUCCGACGCCGCCGUUUUAUGCGAUUUCAACGCGGCUGAAGAUCGUGGGCAUCCUUUUCGGUCUCGCUGUUGUUGCGUCCAUCACGCCCAGCUAUUUGAUUGUCAAGGGUGCUGGUUUCACGGUCGGAUUUGCCUUCUUCGGGGAUCCAGUCUUUUCGCACACGAUAGACUACCUCAACACUAAUAUCCCGGAUUGGAAGAAAUAUCUCGACCUGCAGAUCACGCUCCUCAAAGGAAUCCCCACCAACGCACAGCUAACCCUCACGCUCCUCCGCAUCGGCGAACUCAACUGCAGCCCACUACCACCACCACCUAGCUCUCAAACCCCAGACGCCUCGAUGCCCAUCAGCCGUAAACUCUCCAAAGCCCUAACCCUCGGCGAAGAAACCGAGGGCGAAAAAGCCCUCGCCUCGCCAUCCACAACGACCCUAGGCACUACCACCGGUACCGACCCCUCCCCCAUCGACACAAAGCCCAAACGCCGCUGGGUCUACAAAGUGCUCCGCUUCGUCCGCCGCACCAUCGCCACCGCCAUCAAAAGCCACGUCGCGCUCGACCGCGCCAUGGCCAUCGCCAACUCCACGCACACCAAGCACCUGAUCGGCAUGCUGCAUCAGAAAGGCUGGGUCAGUGCGCCACUGGGCCCGCUCAAGUUCGACGCCAAGUUCGAGCGCAAGCGCGGCACCGUGGUCAUUGAUUCCUCGAAGGAGCCGCCCGUGCUGUACUUCACGACGGCGAACUCCGCGAACCUGCAUGACCUGCGCGUCGACGAGCAGAAGAAGAGCGCCGUGCUCUUCCAGAUGCCUGUGACCGAGAUCAGGGAGUUGAAGAAGACAGAGGGCCUCGGGUGGAAGGGGAAGUUGAUCGUGGAAUUGACGGCGGGGAGUAAGGAGGCGGCGGAUGGGCUGGUCGUUUCGGGCGCCAACGAGGGCCAGAUGUAUCAUGUUACGGGGAUGAGAGCGCGGAAUCAAUUGUUUAAUCGGUUGGUGGCGAUUGAUGCGCAGUUUUGGGAGAGUUGGUGAUUUGUGUAGCUUUUUGCAUAGGGCUUGGGCAUGGUGAUCAGCGCUUUGGUGUUGGUUGCUUGUUAUAUGCUUUUUUUAUAUGCAAUAGAAUUCAU